AUGCUUCAAGCCUCAUUGAUCUGCUUCAAUUUGCGGUGUUUGAUAUGUGUGGGUGUUGGUGAAAUUCUUAUGAAUAUCCAAACACGCUCUUUUUGUUUAAUUCAUUCUCUUCAUGAUUUUCCAAAAUCGUUUCAUCGAUUUUCGGGGAUUAAUCAAACAUGUUUACAAAAGCAAACAUAUUUAACAACAUGUCAAGCGCUUACGGAAAGGAAAACAGAAGUGAAAGUUGACAGGCCAAUAAUUCCACAGUGUAAGAUUCAAGAUAAUGUAAACGAAGAAAAUAAUCUUACAAGAAAAGUUUUUCCAGCUGAGAUCUCAUACAGAUUUAUCGUUCGAAACUCCCUGAACAGCCUAAAUAUCUGA